CAACACAACACCCACGAAGAAAAAUAGAAAAAUGAAAAUUGCUGACACAAAAAUGGGCAGAAAUAUUUUGGGAAGAUUCUAAAAUGCCAAACAAAAACUAAGACCGGAGUCAUAGAAUGCUAAGCUCACCAAUCACACGAACACCUCACCAAGUCACCAUUUCCCUCCAUAUCCUUUAUUUUUUUCUAUCUCUACCAUUUAUUCUCCCCAUUUUUAUUGUUAUUUAUUCAAUCUCCAUCUGGAUGUGUGUUUGUGACUUGUGAGAGAGAUAGAUUCCACACCAAUUUGCUUCUCCUCUUCUCCAUUCAGCCAUUUUAUGCCCAAUAAAUCGCUGCUGGAGACUCGGAGAAGCGAAAGGCUCGCGGUUUCUGUGCCAUUCGGUGUCGAAUCUGCCUCGGGAACGGAGAAAGGAGCAGCCUUUCGAGCUCCGAGGAGCCGUCUCUGAGAAGGCGAGAGGGGAGGCGGCGGCUUUGGGUUUCUCCGGGAGGGCGGCGGCUUCGCGGCGCUCGGUGAGGGCGGCGAUGCCGGCGGUUGGGUCGGUUUGAGGACGGGUCCGCGUCUGUGGUCGUGAGGACGCCGGCGCGGAUGGAGUCCAGCGGGGAGGAGCUCCUGAAGAAGAUCCGGGAGCUGGAGGUGGGGCAGGCGCAGCUAAAGCAGGAGAUGUCCAAGCUCAUACCCGGCGUCGGGGAGCGGCGGCGCUCGCAGUCAGUCUCGCCGCGGCGCGGCGCGCCGGUGCCGCCGCCGCCGCCGCCGCCGGCGAAGACGAUGGCGCCCGGGAGGCGGGCGUCAUUCCCGUACGCGUCGCCGCUGCAGCGGGAGGGCCGCGCCACCGGCGCCGGAGACGCCGGCACCAGCUCUUGGCUGCCGGAGAGGCAGUACCCCAGGGUGCUGCAGUCGCUGGGGCAGUCCGUCCACAUUCUUGACCUCGACGGGAGGAUCAUAUACUGGAAUCGAUCUGCGGAGAGUCUGUUUGGUUAUCCUGCAUGGGAAGCCCUUGGUCAGGAUGCCCUCAUGCUUCUGGUUGAUUCCCGUGACCUCAAUGUGGUAAAUGACAUCUUCCGACGUACUUCUAUGGGUGAGAGUUGGACUGGGAAGUUUCCAGUUAAGAACAGGGCCGGUGAUAGGUUUUCAGCUGUUGCCACCAACACACCUUUCUACGAUGAGGAUGGCAGUUUGGUGGGUAUCAUUUGUGUUUCAAGUGAUUCGCGCCACUUGGAGGAGAUAUUUUGUAGGCCUCCAACCUCUGCAAGGCCCCAAUCAGAAUCAUCUGGGACCUAUUGUGAUGGGAGUUGCAGCAACAACAGUCGCAAAACCAGUUUGUUGAACAAAAGUCCUUUUGAUCCUCAGCAACCUCUGCAAAGCUCUUUAGCGUCCAAGAUCACAAAUUUGGCUACCAAGGUCACAAAUAAAGUUCGUUCUCGGGUCAGGACAGAUGAGGAUGGCAUGGAACGAGAAGGUGGCAGUGGUGAGAGUCAGUUCUCGGAUCGUGGUGCUAAGGAAGAGCCAACAUUUAGUGGAACAACUACACCAAGAGGGGACGCACCACGUGGCCCCUUUGCUACGGAGGAGAACUCCUCUGGAAAAUCAACCAACACAAAGAGCGAUGAAUCAGGAGAAGGAAAAGUAGGGUUCCAUAAGAUUUUGAGUUCAAAGGCAGAGGCACUGCUGACCAAGAAAGGGAUAUCAUGGCCUUGGAAAGGGCAGGAGAGUGAGGGACCUGAUGAAAGAAAUCAUGUGAUCCUGCCAUGGUUGCAUGGUGAGCAAGAGAAUGGCCUAAAUCUUCAGAAGGUUUCUGAUUCUAGCAUAGCUCCAGACGGUCAAGGUGCUGAACACAACCAACCUAGCAAAAAUGAGGCAUCAGGUUCCUGGUCCUCUUUCAACAAUAACAGCACAAGCAGUGCAAGCAGCACUGGAAGCACUAAUAGUAGUACUCUCUACAAAGUAGACCAUGAAGCGGACUGUCUGGAUUAUGAGAUCCUGUGGGAAGACCUUGUCAUUGGAGAACAAAUAGGUCAAGGCUCUUGUGGGACAGUAUAUCAUGCUUUGUGGUAUGGCUCGGAUGUGGCUGUUAAAGUUUUCUCCAAGCAAGAAUAUUCGGAAGAAUUGAUACAGACCUUUCGGCAAGAGGUAUCCCUUAUGAAGAAACUGCGGCAUCCUAAUAUAUUGCUCUUCAUGGGUGCGGUUACAUCUCCACAACGCCUCUGUAUCAUAACAGAGUUCCUCCCUCGUGGAAGUUUGUUUCGCUUACUUCAAAGAAGCACUACCAAGUUGGAUGUGAGACGACGCGUUCACAUGGCUUUAGAUAUUGCAAGGGGAAUGAAUUAUCUUCACCAUUCCAGCCCACUUAUCAUUCAUCGAGAUUUAAAAUCAUCUAAUCUGUUGGUUGAUAAGAACUGGACUGUGAAGGUGGCAGACUUUGGUCUUUCACGUCUCAAGCGCGAAACGUUCCUGACAACAAAAAAUGGACAAGGAACACCGCAAUGGAUGGCACCCGAGGUGUUGCGCAAUGAACCUUCAGAUGAGAAGUCCGAUGUGUAUAGUUAUGGGGUGAUUCUGUGGGAACUUGUUACUCAGAAGAUACCCUGGGAAAAUCUGAACUCGAUGCAGGUCAUUGGUGCAGUUGGUUUCAUGAACCAAAGGUUGGAUAUUCCAAGCGAUGUAGAUCCUCAAUGGACAUCAAUUAUCCGAAGCUGUUGGGAAAGCGACCCACAACAACGUCCGUCGUUCCAAGAACUUCUGGAGAGGCUUCGAGAACUGCAAAGACAUUAUGCCAUCCAGCAGCGGAAUGCAAAGAACAGCAUCGAGGAGUGAAGAUCCCAACUCCCAGCGGAUCGCUUGUUUAAGUGGGCAAGCAAGGUAAUCUCGUCGACAGUGCAGUGUCUCAAGAUGGGUUUACACCUCCUGUAUGGUGCUCCCUGGAACAGCAAAGGCUGGAAAUUUGUACAGACGAGGUGCCUUCUGAUUUUCUCGAGUUCCUUUCCAGGUAUUUGUGACUGUAAUUCCUCCUGACAGCAAGGUUAGGGUAGUGACUUAGCUCGGUGGCGCCUUGGAUUUUAAUUUGUGGCGAUGUGCAAUUCACAUCUGAUCUGGGCUUAAAUUUGUAGUGAAAGCAUGCUGUGCGCCUGUGCAGUUUGGUCUUACAACAACCCUGUAUACGAGUGGUCGAUUGUGAUCAUGCAUGAAUUGGAUCAAUGUUGUAAAAUUUAACAUUUUUGUUCUGCAUCAUCGUUGGCAUGUCGCCAACUUGCCAUCAGGUCUGUUUUCCUGUUU